AUGGCAGAGAUCUUGGCUCAAACGAACAAGAAUGGGGUAAUGACAGCUCCGUUGGUGCCAGCCUUUCUUGCGAGGCUUGAUGGGCACUCCCCCGAGCCCAAGACCAUGAACUUGUGCUUUAUGGCUGCAGAGAAUGUGGGGCAAUUCCAAGCCACUCGAGAUUCCGACCGCCCUCACAAUAUCACUGUCCUAGCAAACCAAUGCGACAUUCUCAGCUCGAGAAGACGCGUUGUUCGAACUCGUCCGACUUCCAGCUUCCGGGUAACUGCUCUGAUGAAGAUACUCUGCCGCAGGUUUAUCAGACAAGUUGUGCCAUACAUGCUCGCGCUUGCCCACUUCUUCGAAUACUACGGCGGUGGACUUGCUAGCUGUUUAUCCGACCCGAGCCAGGUGAAAUUUGUUCGGAAACCUAGCUGA